AUGACAACGGAAAACAUAUUUAAUAAGCAAACAACCACCACCUCUAAGAUGCCAGCUAACCAAACUGACUUCUCAAUGAACUCGUAUCUGGAAGCACCUAAACUCUAUGUAAGUGAGUUGCACUUCAGUGUUAUUGAAGAUGAACUGAAGAACAUAUUGAGGGAUGUCGAACCCAUAAGAGUCGACAUCCAUCGUCAGCCUGGAAAUGGGAAUACCAACUUAAAUGGUAUCAUUCAUUUUUCGUCCAUAGAAAAUGCGGAAAAGGCAUUCGCUAUCUAUAACAACAUCAAGUUGGAUGCUUAUAAUACUUAUUUAAAAUUACGAAUCACUGAACCCACCAACCCCAAUGAACCUACAUCGAAGGCACACAUCUUGCAAGUUAAGCAUUGGCCUUUAAACACCUCAGACUUCAUUCUCUACAAUCUCUUCCGUCCAUAUGGGCCUUUAUUUUCCACUAGAAUGCAAUAUAACGAACAGAAAUAUAAGGGAUAUGCCUUGGUUCAAUUCUUUAGGCAAGAGGACGCCAACCGAGCCCUUGAAUCGUUGAAUUAUUAUUCGAUCGAGGGCAAGAACAUCGCCGUUAUGCCUUAUCCAAACAAACAAAAUAAAACGACCCCUCGCGCAAACCUUACAAGUCUCACUAUGCCCGGUGUUGGUUCAUUAUCCCCGCCGGCAAAUAACUUAAACAAUAUAGGAAUACCAUUAUCUCCGGGUCCAGAAGGUCCGAUCGUUGACCCGUGUAAUUUGUUCAUCAAAAAUCUCGAUGCCAACAUCUCUAGCAGCGACCUUUUCAACCACUUUCGUCGAUUCGGUCGGAUCAUUAGCGCCCGCGUGAUGAGAGAUCAGGACACCGGUAAUUCGAAGGGCUUCGGCUUCGUCAGCUACACCACGGCUGAUGAAGCGGAUAGAGCCAAAGCGUCCAUGCACGGAAAAACCCUGGGAAACAAACAAAUUGUCGUCAGGCUUCACGAACCCAAGAAAUUGCGUGAAGCCAAACUGGCAACUCAGUUCAGCAGUAGUCCCACGUCUCCCUCUGAGAGUCGAGCUCCCUCCAGGCGUAAUUCUGAUUUAUACGCCAUAAACGCCUUUAACGAAUUUGGUCGAGAAGACCUUGCCGGGUUAGCACCAAAGGCUCGCAGAGAAGUUCUAAUGUCAGAACUACAGAAACGAUUUAAAAAUAUUUCUGGCAUAUCUCCUGAGGAAGUCAAUCCAAUCAUCGAUCACUUGUUAACUAUGAAGACCGAUGAUGUUUUGCACGUCCUCAAGGAUCCUGCCUCCCUGCAACAAAAGAUUACCGAUGCUAGGCACCAUCUGCAGCAAGAGAAGAAGCGUCGUGGUUCCGAGGAAUCCAUUGUUGCCGCGGUUCAAAGUAUCAGUAACAAUUCUGGUUUCCAACAACAGGUUCCACAACGCGAAAAAUUCUUCAAGGCGAUCAGUAAACUUUGCCCUCGUAAUGCAGAUGAAAUCCUCGAGCUCAUCAUGGGCUUGAGCCAAAAAGAACGGACAACGUGCUACUUUAAUCCUGAAUAUCUUACCAAAAAAAUCAUGGAAGCUAAUCAGGCAUUAGCGGCCGUUAAUGAAGACGACACUGUUCCAAAGGUGCUGGUUCCUGCUGAUAUGGUCACGGUCCCUGCCCCAUCGUCAGAAUCCAGUCACUCUCAGACCACUAAGGUCGCCAUAUCAGAGACUCCCAAUGGUGUCCGUAGUGCUGCCUACGAAGAGGCCGAGCAAUUUAUUGAAAGUCUGAAGAACAAACCUAUUCACGAACAGAAGCAAAGGCUGGGUAGCCGUUUGUUCCCGAAGGUCAAGGAUCUUGGUCUUAAGAGCGCUAUCGCGAGCAAGGUCACCAUCAAUCUUCUGGAUACCGACGAUCUCCGCGAGCUGGCUCAUUCAAUGUACGACAAGGAUAAGUUGAGACAGAAAGUGGCGAACGCUGAGAAGAUUGUGUCCGCAAAAUAG